AUGGCUCCAACCGAUGGCCGACCCGGCCAGCCCUUCGACUUCGGUGCCUUUCUCCUCCGCCAUCUCCCAUUCUCCUCAUCGACGACCCCUCUCCAAGCCCUGACCUACCUCUUGGGCAUCUGCCUCUUCAGCAUUUCCUUCCUCGUCUUCCUCAACAGCAGCGUCUCCUUUGUCAUCACCGACUUGAUCGGCGUCAAGCAUGGCGUCGGUGACAUCGUCGGUACCCUCGGCUUCGUUGAUGAAAUUGUCGCCUUGAUCGCCUGCCCUAUCUGGGGUCUGGUGUCUGAUCGUGUCGGGGUAAGACAUGUUGCCGUCACUGGCUAUGCAAUUAUUGGACUCUCGCUGCUAGUGUUUGUUCAGGCAACGAAUGUAUACCCGCAGUUGCUAUUGGCGAGGAUCCUCUUUGCUGUUGGAGCUACCGCUGCGGCGACCAUGGUUACGGCAAUCCUCCCUUCGUUGUCCGACGAGACUCAGGCGCAAACAGAUGUUGUCGAGAACCCCCCUCUGAACCCAAGGCAUAGCAUAACACCGUCAGUGGCUUCUGAGGUUACCAUUACCCCUGAUCGGUUCCGCGAUCACAGCACCUCCGAAGCUGGCUUCAGAUUUGAUGGCACCCAAGGGAAACCCGAAGGACGUGGGAAGCCGUCCGCGCUGGCUGGCUACGUAGGGCUCUUCACAGGGUGCGGUGCCCUCGUCGCUCUUUCGCUCUUCCUCCCUCUACCGGCACGGUUUGGACACAUCGAAGGCGUCACUGUUGGUCAAGCCGUCCAGUACAGUUACUACGUCGUCGGCCUCGUCUCCUUCCUCGUCGCCAUCUUCGUCUUCUUCGGUCUCCGCGGCAUCAAGGGUGAAGAAGGCAAAGGAUUCCGGACCCUCUUCGGACUCAAGCGCCGAACCGACGACCACUCAGCACCUUACUCCUCCAAACAAGUCUACCCCUACCUGCACCUCCUCCGCGACUCCAUCCGGCUCGGCCUCACCGACUCCGACAUCGCCCUCGGCUACCUAGGCGGCUUCGUUGCCCGCGCCUCCACCGUCGCAAUCUCGCUCUUCAUGCCCCUCUUCAUCAACGCCUUCUUCAUCCGCAACGGCUUCUGCCAAGGCUCGCCCAACGACCCUUCCCCAGAGCUGAAAAAGGAAUGCCGCCAGGCUUACAUCCUCUCCUCUAUCCUCACGGGCGUCGCCCAACUAAUGGGUCUCCUCUGCGCUCCUCUUUUUGGCUACCUCUCUAGCCGCAAGUUCACCAAGCAGAACAAAGUCAACUACCCUAUUAUCGUAGCUACCACCUUCGGCAUCGCCGGCUACAUUGCCUUCCCUCAACUUAAAAGCCCCGAGUAUAAAGACAAGGAUGGGCGGGGCGGCAGUCCUGUCGUCUUCUUCCUCGCUGCACUUAUCGGCAUUAGCCAAAUCGGCGCCAUUGUCUGCAGCUUGGGCUCGCUAGGACGAGGCGUGCUGAAGGUGGACGUAGUCAACGUGAUCACGCAUCCGCACCGCGUUGACAGGGACAGCGAAGUAGCUACUGUAACUGAACCGGCUGAUGGCCGGAACGAGACGGCACCCCUUUUAGAAAAUCCAGGAGCUUUGCCGGAGGAUACGGUGUCGAGAGUAAGGCUGAAGGGGUCCGUGGCGGGAGUCUACUCGUGGUGCGGAGGCGCGGCCAUCUUGUUAUUGACGAAGGCGGGCGGGUACGGGUUCGAUGUGUGGAGCACGGGGACGCCGUUCUAUAUGAUGGCUGGGUUCAAUGUAGUUUGGUUGGUGGUUAGUUUGGGGAUUGAUGCGGGAAGGUUUGGGUUUAAGAGGAAGAGGGGGGGAGUAGUGAUCUAUGGGCAUCAGGUGCCGAGUGGCUUUUGAGUGUUUUGGUGGUUGUAAGGUUGUGUGAUCCAGGUGGGCGAGGAUAGGGGGAGGGUGGAAGUCGUUGAUGAUGGUUAUGAUGUAUGCUUAUUGCCGCGAAUAUGAAUUAUUUAUGCG